AUGCCUUACCAGUAUGCAUCGAUCCCUCGAUUUACUUAUCAGAGUGUUGAAAGAAAGUACCAAACUUUCGACUUUGGCACUUCUGAAUUUAAAUAUUACCCCGUCACCUAUUCUUCGACCGAUCUGACCGAGGGCCAAAACCAGGACAACAAAGAGCCCACUGCCGAACCCGAGAAGGGCGCAGCUCCCGAUGAAGCUACGCCAGCUGAACCAAGUAGCUCACCAGAUGAGACUCCAGCCCCUGAGACUGCAGAGUCCGCGGAGGCCGUAACGCCUCCGGAAGAAUCUACUACGGCCGAGGAGCCUGCACCCGAUGCUGCUCCCGAUGCUGCUCCCGAUGCUGCUCCCGAUGCUGCUCCCGAUGCUGCUCCCGAUGCUGCUGCCGAUGCUGCUGCCGAUGCUGCUCCCGAUGCUGCUCCAGAAGCAAAGGAAGAGAACCCGGGCGAUGCACCCGCUGCCGAUGAGCCUGCGCCAGAUGGAGAGGCUGAAGCCAACCCCGACGAAGCCUCGAAAGAGGCUGAAGUAGAAGAAGGCGCAAAGCCCGAAGAAAGCGCAGAAGCGACACCCGCAGGUGAGGACGCAAAAGCUAACGACGACAACGGCCAAAAUGAUGACGAGUUCCCAGACUGCGACCCGGAGGCGGACCUUGACAAGGUAGAAGCAGAGAAAGCUGCCGCUGCUCAAGAGGCUGCUGAAGAUGCCCAGGCCGAGGAAGGCGAGGGUGCCACCCCUGCAGAUACAGCGCCCGCUGAAGGCAAAGGCGAUGAACCGGAAGCAGACGGCCCGCCCGCUGCUGAGGAGCCGACAUCCGACGGGCCAAGCGAGGCAGAUACUGCAGCAGCUCCGAUGGAAGAAGCAACGCCAGCAGAACCGGCACCCGAAGCUCAGCCAGAGGCCGUCGAUACUCCUCCAGAGCCAGAGGCGGCACCGCCUGCUGAAGAGCCACCUGCUGAGGAACCUACCGGCAAGAAGGCCAAGAAAAACAAGAAAAAGAAAGACAAGAAGAACAAGGGCGCUGCAGUAGAUCCGGAGCCUGAACCACCUGCACCGCCAGCGGCGCCAGAAGCUCCAACAGAAUCCGAGUCACCAGCAGAACCCGAGUCACCAGCAGAACCCGUGCCAUCAGCAGAACCCGUGCCUUCAACAGAGCCCGAGCCAACUGCCAACACCGAGACAGUAGCGGAGUCUGAACCUCAACCUGAACUGCCGGCAGAGGAAGCUGGUGCUGAUACGCCUGCCGAUCAACCGCCUACGGAUACCGCACCCGAGGAGUCCUCCGAGCCAAUCGAACAGGCUGAUGCACCAGCGGCAGAGCCUACGCUCCCAGCGGAACCUGAACCUGAACCUGAACCUGAACCUGAACCUGCGCCUGAACCUGCGCCUGAACCUCCAGCGGAGCCUGUAGUGGAGCCUGAAUUACAAGUGGAGGAACCUGCUCCGGAACCAGUCCCGGAACCAGUAGCAGCACCCGAGCCAGUUGUGGAGGUGCCCGGAGAAACCGGCAAGAAGAAGAAGGGCAAGAAAGGCAAGAAGGGUAAGGCCGCGGCAGCAGAGACUGUACCUGAACCUCCUGCGGACGAACCUCCUCAGGAACCAGAGCCUGCACCCGAGCCUGAGCCUGAGCCUGAGCCCGUACCAGUGGAGGAAGUGCCUUUUGCUGAGCCCAAGCCUGUCGCAGAGCCUGAACCCGUCGCAGAUGCUUCUACAGAGGCGUCUGCUGAGGAUCUGGCCCCAGCUGAGCCCGAGCCCCAGCCUGAAGCAGUUGCAGAAGCGCCGGAAGAAAAGGCACCAGAGGCUCCUGUCGAGGUGACACCUGAGGAAACUGCUGCUGAGUCAAUUCCCGAAGAAGCAGCAGCAGAAGCUCCCCAAGAAGAAGCCCCUGUCGAGGAGCCCGCCCCUGUCGCCCAGAGUGCUCCAGAAGGAACACCUGCUGUGGUUGAGGAACCGGCUGCGGAGGCGCCUGCUGAGGAAGCUCCUGCGCCUGAGCCUCCUGUUGCAGUGGAUCAGACUCCAGUUGAGGAAGCUCCUGUCGCUGAGCCUGUCACUGAGCCUGUUGUCGAGGAGCCGCUGAAAGAUGCAUCUCCCGAGGAAGCACCAGCUGAAGAGCCCGUUGCCCAGGAUUCUCCAGUAGAGGAAGCCCCUGCUCCUGAGCCAGCUGCUACUGAAGAACCUGUCGAGGAAGAACCAGUCGCUGAGCCAGUGGUUGAGGAAGCCCCUGUAGAGGAACCCGAGCCAGCUCCCGAGGCUGUAGUUGAGGAGCAGGAACUUGUCAAGGAAGAAAAAGCUGCCGAGCCAGUUGCCGAGGAAGCUCCUGAGGAGUCUGAGCCAGCUGUUGAAGCCGUUGCUGAACCUGCAGCUCCUGAACCUGCCCCGUCUGAAGUUGCACCUGCUGCCCCCGAAGAGCCUGAGCCUCCUGCGCCUGAACCACCUGUUGUGGAAGAGGCACCUGCUGAACCGGCAGUAGAAGACGUGGUUGUAUCCGAAGAGGCGUCAAAGGAAGUACUGGAAGAGGCACCUGUUGAGGCAACUCCCGAAGAUUCGGCGCCUAUCGAAGAGCCGGCUCCUGUUGAAGUACCAGCUGCUGUGGAAGAGCCAGAUCUUGUCGAAGAGCAUGUAGUUGAGGCUUCGCCACCCGAAAAAAUUCCGGUUGAACCGUCAGUUCCGGAUGCUCCAGCCGCGGCACCAGAGCCCGAUAUAGCUGCAGUUCCGGUCAAGACGCCAACUCCCGAAGAGGUUCCGGCUGAAGCCUCUCCAGAGGAACCUGCCCCUGACGCAGAGGCCGCCAGAGGUCUCUCUGUAGAGGAUCAACCAGCCACCGAGGCCCCAGCAGCGCGUGAAGCUUUGUCCGAACCAGCCCCUGCUGAGGAGAACGUGGCGUCCGAUGAGCUUGUGCCACCACCAGCUGAUACCUCGCCUGAGGUUGUGAUGAUCGACGAGGCUCCCCGCGAUGAAUCCUUUGAGGGCGAAGGGCCCUCUACUGCCCGACAUGGCUCACGACGCCGGAAGAAGCGCUCCCCAGAGACGCGAGAGCGUGCGUACUCAAAGACGUUAUCGGAUGUACCCAAAGACAGCCUUCAGCGCCAGAAGAGCGAGCGAGGUGUCUUGACUAACCGCUGGGCCAAGGCCCUUGAAGAAGCUCGGCGCCAGCAUGACGAGAAGACGCAGUCCCAACGGAUGCAGCGUGCCCUCAUCGAGGAGCGUGAGAGAAGUGGCAUCUCUUCAUCUGAAAAGCCCAGACGCUCUUCAAAGGACAAGGAGAAGGUUAAGGCGACGGAGCCCAUCCCCGUACCCGUGCCCGUCGCCGUCCCCGUCUCCGUUCCGGUCGAAGGUAGACCUAGACGACGUCCAUCUGAACGACGCACCUCCGACACGCCACCUGACCAAUCCCUCGAGCGAUCCCGUUCUACCAAGACCUCUUCGACGAAAGCAACUUCAGCCCCAACGCCUAAACCUCGUGCUUUCCUGCGCUACAUGACUCAGGGUCAAUCCGAUCCAAAUCAUAUCAUGCGUGUAAAUGCCACCAAGGCGGCUCCGCCAGUCGAGAAAACUUUGCGUCGAUCUUCGACAAGUCACAGCCAUGGCAGCAGCCAGGGACGUACCUCGCAUGAAGAAAGACAUUCAAGUGCUCGGUCCAAUGGAUCUGGUGGCUCCCGCUCACGACGUGACGAGCGCCGCGAAGAGCGGCGUGAAGCACGACGUGAAGAAGAGGCUCCUCGGUCUGAGGGCAGAAAGCUGCGACGCUCGUCGACGGCCGAGCAUCGGUCCAGAGAGGAGAGGGAGGAACGGAGAGAUAGAGCCAAGUCACGCGAACGCGAAAAGGAGAAGGAGCGGGAGCGGGAGAAGAGGGCUGAGGGCUCUUCUCGCCGAUACCAGAGUUCCCGUGAGACUCGCGCUGAAACUCGUGAAGGCCGCUCUCAUCGCCGACACAGGCGUGAGGAGUCCCCCCUCCUCAGGAGUCGAAGCUGA